AUGGAGACACAUGAAGUUCACAUGGAAGAAAUCCGCAAAGUUACUUUCAAGCUUCUUCCACUGAUGGGUUUAAGUUACUCUCUGGUGGUUGUUUUAGAAAAAGCCGUUGCCUCUGUGUGCUUUGUUCAUGUUGUGCCUGUUCACAAAUUUUCCUUUCCUGAUUAUAACAUGACCCUCCCCUCUGCAGUUGAAGGGUGA